AUGAAGUCGCCUGCCUUUGCGACGAUUGUCGCCUUUGCCCUCGGCACCGCAGCCGUUCUGGCUCAGGGCGAUCCAGCGCCGAAACCUCCCAGCUCUCGGCUCCGUGUGAUUCUCAACCCCGCCCGCGUCCGGGCCCUUGACGAGCCUGACUUCAAGCUGUGGACCAUUACCGGCGAGCCCAAGAGCGUCUCUACCACCUUUGGCGACACUUCUAUCACUGUCGCUGCCGCCAACUCCACCAUCGCGGGCGCGUCUUACAAGUGGCACUACACUCGCCGCGUAGCGCCGUUGGGUGAGAGGGUCGUGGCCCAGGGCAUCUCGACGAACACCGACGAUGCGGGCAACAAGCCUAUGACCAUUUCCAUUACGGGACUUCCAGCCGGCGAGCACUCGCUGCUUACCUGGCACAACGCUUGGGACAGCCUGAAGGCAGUCGCAUCUCUGACCGUGAAGGUCAACGGCGAGGCUGCGGAGACGCUUGCCCAAUCAGUGCGCGUGGACAACAUCUGGGAAUCUGCUCAUUCUUUCGUUCAAUUCACUGUUUCUGGUGCAAACGAUACAACCAACAUUGAGUUCAUACCUGCCGGCGCCGACGGCCGUGUCUUCCUCAACGGCUUCGAAAUAGAUACUCCCGACAUCGACAACGUCGUCAGUUUCCCGGAGCCGAACAAUCGCGACGAGCGUGUCCAGCUCGAGGGCGGUGACACUUAUGAGGCAUCCUGGCGGGCCCCCGAUGCCAAAUCACCAAAAUACAAUGUCUACAUUGGCACGUCACCUACAGAGCUGAAGAGCUUGGCCUUGGGUCUGGACAAGACAUCGACCACGCUUGACGGCGGUCGCGGUGGUCGAGUCAUCCAUGUCACCAGCCUUGAGGAUAGCGAAGAGGAGGGUACUCUGCGCUAUGCUCUGGCCGUUGCUCGAGGUCCUCGUUACGUUGUUUUUGACGUGGGAGGCGUCAUCACCACCACGUCUCGCAUGGUUGUUAGCGACCAAUAUGUAACAGUCGCCGGCCAGACGGCUCCUGGGAAGGGUAUCAUCGUUCAGGGGCACCCACUGGGCCUAUCUGGUGCCAUUGAUACCAUCUUCCGCCACAUCAAGGUGCGGCCCGGCACGGUCUCUGGCGAGACAGUCGAUGCUAUGGGCAUGGCGGGCUCCAACCACUGCAUCCUGGAUCGCUGCUCCAUGGGAUGGGGUAUUGAUGAGAAUUUUUCUUCUCGCAACGCGGCCAACAUCACCUUCCAGCGCAGCAUGAUCUCCGAACCUCUGAAUGUCGCCGGUCAUAAGAACUAUCCGCCCGGCCGGGAGCACGGAUUCGCUGCGACGGUCAGCGGUAACGUCGGCUCUUUGCACCACAACCUCAUUGCGCACGCCGAGGGUCGCAGCUGGAGCAUGGGCGGUGGUUUGGAUGACGAGGGCAAAUUCGGAGGGCGUCUAGAUAUUCGUAACAAUGUCGUGUAUAAUUUUGAUGGCGGUGCGCACGAGGUCAACUUUGUCGGAAAUGUCUACAAGCAGGGCCCUGCCAGCAAUCUCACUUAUGCUCUGCGUGCCCAGUACGAGAACCAGCUGCCCGGCCAGCAACAAUACUACUGCGAGGGUAACUCCAUGCCUGGCGUCUUCGACCAAGACUCGGUGCAAUACGCAUCUCCCGAUGGAACGGGCUCCAACAAGAACGUCGCCUGCUGGGCCGAUGUGACAAUUAGCCCGGCUCCCUCUUACCGCAAGUUUUAUGAUCAGCCCCAGCCGGUCGUUGACAAUCACGACUCUCGCAUCUUCAACGAGACACUCACGGGCACCUACACGUACAAGGGCUCCAAGUCCGGCAAGCUCGGUCUCAUUGACAACCCAGCGGACGUAGGUGGUCUCGAGGAUUUCCCCACCGUCACGCGCGAGGCUUCCUGGGAUGCCGACGGCGACGGCAUCGCCGACUGGUGGGACGGUUCCACCGGUGGUGAUGGCUAUGAGCCUAUCGAGGGGUACCUCAACUUCAUGGCGGAUCCCCACGCGUAUGUUGCACCGGGCAAGUCUGUGAUUAUCGACCUGAAGGAUCUCUUCCGGGGGUUCGAGAAAAAGCCCACAUUUACUGCGGCGGGGGCAGAAAAGGGAAGCGUGGGAGUAGAAGGGUCGUGGGCCACAUACACCGCUGGUGAUGAGGCUGGUAUCGACUACAUCGAGCUGACGGUCAAGGACAGCGAGGGAGGCAGCUGGACGAGGACGUUUGGCGUGGCCGUCUUUGAAGGGGCACCGGCUUCUGGACCUCCCAAGUGCCGCAGGGCAAUGCAAGUCUGA